CUACGUCUCCCACUCACUCUCACACACACUCCCUCCCGAGAAAACCAAAGACAUAAAAAGAAAAAUAUUUUUUCUCGCUCUCUCCGCCAAUGUGAAAGCCAUAGGUUCAAUACCGACACUACUCGUUUCCAUGGCGACGACGUCGUAUUGGGGAACUGGACGGUACAAGCUCCUUCACUUAUCUCUGUCUUCUUCUCUACGCGCUCGUCCAUGCCCUCCCUCACCGUCAGAAGCCCCAAUUCCGGCUUGGCCUGGCUUGAGAGUCUGCAACCUUAGUUUGGUACACAGAGCUGUGCUUCGGCUCGGCUCAACCGGUGUCUCGGCUCACCGGCGCGUCAUAACCGCCGUGGCCCGAGCUGACCCGGACCGGCUCGGCGAGGAAAAUGCCAAACAGGAAGUCGACAAAGAGAAAACAUUACCGGCAAAGGAGGAUUCGGCCUUGGAGCAUCAACAGAAAGCUAGUCAGCUAAAGAAAAGAAUUGUCUUUGGACUUGGCAUUGGAAUAACUGUUGGCGGUGUAGUAUUGGCUGGAGGAUGGGUUUUCACGGUGGCCUUGGCCGCUGCUGUUUUUAUCGGUUCACGUGAGUAUUUUGAGUUGGUUAGGAGUCGUGGAAUAACUGCAGGAAUGACACCUCCUCCUCGAUAUUUGUCGCGAGUUUGCUCUGUUAUUUGUGCUGUCAUGCCCAUACUUACCUUGUACUUCGGUCAUAUUGAUGUUUCAGUGACAUUCGCUGCCUUUGUUGUUGCUAUGGCAUUGCUUUUACAGAGAGAAAAUCCUCGUUUUGCACAGCUGAGUAGUGCCAUGUUUGGGCUGUUUUAUUGUGGCUAUCUUCCUUGUUUCUGGGUGAAACUUCGAUGCGGCUUAGCAGCUCCAGCUUUAAACACUAGAAUAGGAGCAGCGUGGCCCAUUCUUCUUGGUGGUCAAGCUCAUUGGACGGUUGGUCUUGUGGCAACCUUGAUUUCUAUCAGCAGCAUAAUUGCAGCCGAUACCUAUGCUUUUCUUGGUGGAAAGGCAUUUGGUAGGACACCUCUUACUAGUAUCAGUCCAAAGAAGACGUGGGAGGGAACUAUCGCAGGCUUGGGUGGUUGUGUAGCUACUUCUGUUGUAUUAUCAAAGUUUUUUUGCUGGCCAACAUCUUUGCUAAGUCCAAUCGCUUUUGGGUUUCUGAAUUUCUUCGGUUCUAUUUUUGGUGAUCUUACCGAAUCGAUGAUCAAACGUGAUGCGGGUGUCAAGGACUCCGGGUCUCUAAUACCUGGACAUGGCGGAAUACUAGACAGAGUGGACAGUUACAUAUUCACGGGUGCGCUUGCGUACUCAUUUGUCAAAAUCUUUCUUCCACUCUAUGGAGUCUGAUACAAAUCUGGGUCAAUGCUAAGUGAAACUGUGAAGAACAAGUUUCUGCUCUUUUCUUCUUAUGAGCUAGGACAAACACAAGCAUUUAUUCUGAACUUGCACAAGUAUGUAUGAUUCAAGUGAUUAGAGAAGAGGGUUGCGAUUAGAUUUUCAAAUGCACCAGGUUUUCAUGAUCCUCACCUAAAUGCAAGUUCAAAGCACAAUUUAUACACUUCUGUUCGAAGUACUAGAGGUCACUUGAGGCUAACCAGAGGCUGUGGACCAGAUUAUCAACAUAUUCAUUCCGAUCUCUACGAUAGUGCCACCGUUGGCUGUGAAUAUGCUAGCUCUUCUUGUAAGGUCCAUUCCUGCUUGUGAGUUUUGAUUUAUAAGAUGUCUUUUUUGCAAUAAAAAUGAUUGGUUAGAACUGAUCUAGUUCUUUUUUUUCGUGUCUUUAAAUUAGAAUGCCUUGUUUAAUCAUAUAUUUUUCUUGGGCAUCCAAUAAUGUUGCUCUUCUUGUAAUUCUAUGGAGAGCAGGAUGAUUAGAAUUUUAAGAUUAUUAUUGCUUUGGUGUAAAAAUUUUCAUUA